AUGAUCUCGUGGCACGACCUGUAUACGGUGCUAUGCGCGGUGGUGCCGCUGUACGUGGCGAUGGUCCUGGCGUACGGCUCCGUGCGGUGGUGGGGCGUGCUGACGCCGGACCAGUGCUCCGGCAUCAACCGCUUCGUGGCCGUCUUCGCCGUGCCGCUCCUCUCCUUCCACUGCAUCUCCACCAGCGACCCCUACGUGAUGAACCUCCGCUUCAUCGCCGCCGACACGCUGCAGAAGGUCCUCGUCCUCGCCGUGCUCGCCGUCUGGUCGUACCUCCCGACCGCGCGCUGCGGCGGCGCCGCGGCGGCCGGCGGGACGAAGUGGGAGCCAUUCGACUUGUCCAUCACGCUCUUCUCCCUGGCCACGCUGCCCAACACGCUCAUCAUGGGGAUCCCGCUCCUCGUGGCCAUGUACGGGCAGUACUCGGGCGACCUCCUGGUGCAGGUGGUUGUGCUCCAGUGCAUCGUGUGGUACACCCUCCUGCUCGUCCUCUUCGAGUUCCGCGCCGCGCGGGUGCUCAUCGCGGGUCAGUUCCUGGCCGGCACCGCGGCGGCGUGCAUCGCCGACGUGCGCGUGGAUCCGGACGUGGUGUCGCUGGCCGGAAGCCAGGCGGAGGCGCAGGCCGAGGUGGCGCCGGACGGCAGGAUGCGCCUCGUCGUGCGCCGGUCCACGUCGGCGUCACGGCGAUCCGUGGCGGCCGCCGCCGCGACGCCGCGGCCGUCCAACCUGACGGGCGUGGAGAUAUACUCGUUGAGGUCGUCACGGAACGCCACCCCGAGGGGGUCCAGCGGCAUCGCGCACGCCGACAUCGGCUGGGCCGCCGCCGCGCCACCGCACGGCGCGUCGUCGCUGCGCAUGUCGAGCUUCGGCGCGGCGGACCUCUUCUCCCUGCACCCGACGCCGCGCCCGUCGAGUUUCGACGAGCAAGCGGUGCGGGCUGGAUCGGCCGCCACGGUGGCGCCCAGCAACGACCCCAGGGACGUGCACAUGAUCGAGUGGAGCUCCGGCGCGUCCACGACGUCGGAGGUGCGCGGCUUGCCCGUGUUCCACGGCGGCGACCUCCACCGCGGCAUGGAUUCCCGCCGGCUGGUGCCCUCCGAGGCGCCCCCUAGAGCGAUGCGACCGGGGGAGCGCGUCGUCACGGCCUUCCCGGCGGACGCCGGGCAGGACGCGCUGGCGAAGCUGGAGUCCGGGUCGACGGAGGAGGAGCGGAAGGACGCCAAGCAGGACGCCGGCGGAGCGGGAGGGCAGCAAACGGCGGCACCGGCCGGCGUGAUGAUGCGGCUGAUCGUCACGAUGGUGUGGCGGCGGCUGAUCCGCAACCCCAACACGUACGCCAGCGUUGUCGGCCUCACUUGGUCUCUCAUCUCGUUCCGAUUCCACGUCGCAAUGCCAGCCUUAGUGAAGAACUCCGUCAGCAUACUCUCCGAUGCAGGGCUAGGGAUGGCCAUGUUUAGCUUAGGGCUCUUCAUGGCCGUGCAGCCCAAGAUCAUCGCCUGCGGAAACACCAUCGCGGCCGUCACCAUGGCGAUUCGCUUCCUCUUCGGCCCCGCCGUCAUGGCCGCCACGGCCGCCGCCGUCGGCCUCCGAGGCACGCUCCUGCGCGUCGCCAUUGUUCAGGCCGCUCUGCCGCAAGGAAUUGUGCCCUUUGUGUUCGCCAAGGAGUACAAUCUGCACGCCGCCGUUCUUUGCACCGGGUAA